AUGACAGACGAAUAUUGGAUUAUAUCUGUACCAGGUAAAUCAACACCAGAACAAAAUUUUAAUGAAGUCUGUCAAGCAACUGGACGUGAUCAGCUAUCACAAAAUCAUAUGCUUAAAAUUCCUGAUUUAAAGGUUGGAACACUUGAUUCACUUGUAGCACUUUCCGAUGAUCUUGCUCGACUUGAUGGUUAUAUUGAAGGAAUUACUAAAAAAUUAACUCAAUUCUUUUUUCAUGAUGUACUCGAUGAUGAUCGUAAUCGACUUGCUGAAAAUCUUGCUGUUGGACCAAAUGGUGUUGAUCCAAGACGUUAUGUUACUGAAUUUCAAUGGGAUCAUGCAAAAUAUCCAAUAAAACAAUCAUUAAGAAAUCUAUCAGAAAUUAUUGCAAAAGCAGCAACGCAUAUUGAAAAUGAACUUAAAUUACGUAGUCAAUCAUAUAAUACUGUUAAACAAAAUUUGGAUUCAUUAGUAAAAAAACAAAGUGGUAGUUUAUUAACACGUAAUUUAAAUGAUGUUUUGAAAAAAGAACAUUUUAUCUUGGGUAGUGAAUAUUUAAAAACAUUAUUAGUUUGUGUACCAAAAGCUUUAAUAAAUGAAUGGAAUGCUAAAUAUGAAUCAUUAUGUGCAAUGAUUGUACCACGUACAGCAGAAAAAAUUACAGAAGAUCAAGACUAUGCAUUAUUUUCUGUAACUUUAUUUCAAAAAGCUGAAGAUACAUUUAAACAUAAAUGUCGAGAAAAUAAAUUUACGGUACGCGAUUUUACAUAUGAUGAAAAAGCACUUGACAAUGAACGAGAAAGAAUUCGAGAACUUGAAAGAGAACAACAAAAGCUUUAUGCAACUCUUGUUCGUUGGCUUAAAAUUAAUUUUGGCGAAGUUUUUUCAGCAUUAAUUCAUAUUAAAGCAUUACGAGUUUUCGUCGAAUCUGUUCUCAGAUUUGGUUUACCAGUUAAUUUUGUUGCCAUGGUAAUUCAUCCAACAAGAAAAUCAACGAAACGUUUACGUGACGUACUUGAUAAUCUUUUUGGUUAUCUUGAUCAAUCUAAUAAAUCGCGACAAGAAGAGCCAAUUGACAUUCCCGGUGUAUUCUCUUCCCAACAAGAAUAUUAUCCAUAUGUUUAUUUUAAAUUGGAUCUUGAUUAUAUUGAUAUGAAUAAAAAAUAG